AUUUCAUGCCCUAUGUAGUGCGUUUAUGUAGGAAGAAUGAAGUCAGUUGGGAUUCAGCCUUUGUGAAGAAGCCAACUGUGCUAAAGGGGCCGGGACGCGCACUAGCGGGGGCCGCAAACACGUAGUUUGAACUUUUGGCUUUUUAAUACAUAUGUAUGCUGAAGUUUUAACGCAAGUGCUGCUUUAAAAAGGACACCAUGCUGUUAAGAAGAAUAUACAUCCGGGGUGAAGUUUAAUACAGGUCUGCAACACGCAAAUUGCUGAGGAGCUGCUGCUUUGGAGACCCUGCCUAUCUGGCCUCGUCCUCUAAAGAUGGCUGAAGGCCAGAAGGCCACUGAACUCCCAGAAUACCCCACAGAAUGCGGGGCCACAGCAGAUAAUGAGGACUUGUCCCUGAAACCUGAAGCCCUGUCCUCCAGCUCUCCUACAUGUGAGGAGCCAAUCAGCAUGCAGAGCCCUUCCAGGCCGCUGCCCCCUGGAUUACUGUCCAUGCCCUGCCUGCUGAAGGAACUGCGCCGAGACUCUUCCCCCGAGCCUCCGCCACUAGAGAAAGGCUCUGCCACCUCGGUCAUUCAGAUCUGCCCACAAGAGGACAGCGACUCCUCAGCCUACCUGCGAUCACCCUCGUCUUCUGGUCAUCUCGGCGAUUCGGACACUCUUUCCUCAGCCGAUGAAGGGGAUGUGGAAUUGGCUGACUCUAAGCCUGCCCCCUCUUCUCACUCUGACCCCGCCCCCAGGAAGUCGUCACGCCGCUCACGGUCUGAGAGUGACGCAUCUGCUGGCCUCGCCAUGGCUGCCAAGAAAAACCGCUGUCAAGAGAGGCAGGCGAACGGCGGGCGGACCCGAGAGCGGGGCAAGCGCAGCCAGAGACAGAAGGAGCGCAUGCGUCUGCUCCGGCAGAAACGGGAGGCGGUUGCCAAGCGUAAGUCCCGUCCACUGGAGGACAGCAGCACUAGUGACAGCGAUGCCACUGCACACUCUUCGUCAUCAUCGUCAACGGCAUCGUCUGACAACGAGGGCGGGACAGUCAGUUUGCAUCCUCCAGUGGGGCCAGAGGUCAUCGGUCACUAUGACGUGUCAGACACGCACUCUGAACAGGAGCAACAGUUGCACACACACUCAGGUCCAGUAGAGGUGGCGCCUCCCCAGGUGAGUCUGCCGCUGUCUGACAGUGAAGUGGAGAUUGUCGGUGUACAGGAGAAUGCCAGUGCUGCGUCGAGAUUUCCAAGAGGUGGCGUCAUCCAGUCUCUAUCAGCAUGGAAGCAAACGGUCAUGCCCCAUUGGACAGCAGUCGCCGCCCAGCCUGACUGGGCGCCGCCCCCUGAGGUGGUAGAUCUGACACUGGAUGAAGACAGGCACAGAUAUUUGCUGUGAUCCCAUACACUCGGCACUCAGACACAGUGUAUGCUUGAGUGUCUUUAAAUAUUCUAAAGUUUAUCCCUUUAUUAGUUUGGUGACAUUUCAGAACAAAAAAAAAAAAAAAAAUUUUUAAUGGUUCGGUGCGACAAUCUGAACUGAGCUGAACCUGACAGAUUUUCACUCUGCUGUCAUGCAUCAGUCGUUGAAAGCCUUAGGAAGACCACAUCAAGAUGCGUGUGUGUGUGUGUGUGUAUAGAUAACACUGGUGAUGUAAAUUCAGUUUCCUUGUGUGUAUGACUUCAUGUCAUAUAUGACAAGUAGCAGUACUGUAAUGGAAUCAGAGCUUACUUCACAGACAAGCUAGUCGUUUUCUUCUAACAAGUCAAAGUCUGGUGAGGCUACUGCCUUUAAAAAAAAAAAAAGUGUUGAGCAGAAUCAGAUUUGCUCAGUUCAGUUUAUCCAAAUGCAUAGCUGAACAAAAUUGUCAAAACUACUGUUAGGCAUAUGCUGUAUGAAUUCAUAUUUCAUUUUUACUACAUGUGCACUGAAAUUUGCCUUUGUCCCUCUUUCUAAUAAGACUAUCAGGUUAAAUCUCAAAGUUUUGAGUAGUUUGGCAAACACAAACACACGGAUGCCUGCUGUUAGCCUCAGGUGUCGUCGACCCUUUGCUGUAACUUGCUGCAAAGCUGCUUUAUAGGACAAAAAUAAGUUUUUACUCCGAGAAUAGCAAUAGCUCAAUUAGGUUUGUUUUGUGCAAGUGUGUGAGCAAGAGCUACAAAGAGAAGUGUUAUCAAAACUGUUCAAUGCUGCUGCCCGAGCGUGUGAAAGAGAGGAUCUCUGCACUAGAAAAUAUCUUCAGGCACACUCGUGUUUAUAUAUUUUAGCACAGAGCGUUGCCUUUAUGCCAGUGGAAAAGAAGCAUCAGCUUGUGGACGUUCUUAGAAAUUUUUAGUCACUAUUUUUCCAAUAAGUAUUUGAGACUAGAUUAAACUGUGCUUAAUAUCCACAUUGAUCUAUAAGGUUGUAUAUUAGUUUUUGCGAUAUCAUGCUUUCUCGUAAUACAGCAUUAGAUGUUUCUAUUAAUAUUUAAAAUAUUUUUCUGACAUGCUUGAAUGAGAGUUAUUAGGAAGGAAAAACAUAUUUCCAGAAAUAGAUAUAAUACUUUUUUUCCUGUGGUUAUUUACAGAUUUUUUUUUCUUGGCUACUGAAUGUUUUUGGCAUAGUCGAUCACAUCAUUCAGCUUCCUGUUCAGAGUGACAGAUCGUCAGACAGUGUGUGUGAGAGAGAGAGAGAGAGAGGAGUUGGUGAAAGACGACAGCAACCUUUUUCCUGCUAAAAAUCGUGUGGAUGUUGGUAAUAGCCAAGCAAUAUUUGUCUCGUUUGCAUACGACCUGGAUUUUUUUUUUUUUCCACUGAAACAAAAGUAUGCCGUUGCUGAUACAGCAAUUAGCUUUGCACAAUGGUAUAAAAAAAAAAAAAGGUUUAUGUCUCUUUUUAGUUAUUUUUAUUUUCAUCUUGUGUGUAGUUUCUGGUUAUAUCUUCGGAGUGUCAGACACAUCUGAUUCAAAUGAUCUGCUGACCUAAACCAUCGCCUGAAUUUAGUAUGUUGGAGAAGGGAAAAACAGAAAUCGCUCUCUGGAUGAGAUUGAGACUCCUGUACUAAGAACAAAAUUUGUCCCAUCUAUGAAGAGCUACACAAACUAAUUUUGAAUCUCGACAUAGCCUUAUACCACAGCACUGUUGAAUUCUCAAAUCAGACUGAUCAGAAAGUGUUUAAUUAAUUUUCUGAAACAACUUUGACACUAGUGCCAGCAAUAAUUCAUAUCACAGGUUUAUAUUAAUGCACUGUAAUUAACUUAUCAUAUUUUAUCGUUUCUGUAGUGACCGCUACUUCACAGGGACUUUGUAUGGUGGAUGAUCUGUGUAUUUUAAGCCUAAUAAUGGACUAAUUUAAAAAUGUUUUUUAUUUAAAAAAGACAAAAUCAUUGAUAUGGUGACGCUUUCUGGAAGGGAACAUCUAUUUAAAAUUUAUUGAAGGAGUCUCAGGUGAUGGUGCUUUUAAACGGUCAGUAACUUUUCCACCUUGGGAGAGUCUUCAAGACAGAGGUGGUUGCACUUUUCUGUUUCUCAGUAACAGAAGAAAGACAUGCUUGUGAAGCAAUGUCGGUCACCGCUGUUAUAAUGCAAGUGAUAAGAAUGACUGUCUUGCAGAUGUCCCACGAUAUUAACUGGAACUAUAAAAUGGUUAAAAGGUAUGAUCAUAACAUUUUAAUAGCUGGCAAAUUGCUGUGGUAUAAGACGAAUAAAACUCUUCCAUAAAGUGCCAUUAUUAGAACAAAAUCAGCUUCUGGUUGGACUUUGCAUCAGGCUGCAUCACAUCACCUGCCCAUUGAUUAUUUAAAUGAUGUUGGCUAGCGUUGCGUGGUAUAUCAGAUAUAUUCCAUUCAGAAUAUUUAACAGUUAUUCCACGAAAUUGAGUCGUACAUGAGCUGAUAGCUGACGAGGCGCGUAGCACCAAGUUGGCUAUAAGCGAUAUAUGAUGAGAUUGAGUGGAAUAACUGUUUUAUUCUAUCCACAUUCACUGGAUUUUGAGAAAGUUUCUUUUUUUUUCCCCAAAUUUGAUAAAUAAAAACUUUUAUACAAAACGUCCAACAAAAUAAUUUCCGCUUAGAAUGUAAACAAACCGGCGAAACGACGGUAGCAAUUUGUGAAAAAUGCUCUAAUAAUCAUUCUUGAAAAAUAAAAAGACACGUUCUUGCCAUCAAAUACUUUGAUUCCAUGUUUUGUAUUUUUGGGGUUUUGUUUUCAAGUAAAGUUAUUUCGUUCUUGGUUGGUUCAGCAACACGCUGCCAUUUUGUUUUUCUCUUCUCAUGGUAUAUGAGCUGAUAGCCUAGUAGUAGAGUAGCCAAUUAGUGUGUGAAUGUGGAUAGAAUAAUCGCUUAUAACACCAUUUCUCAACCCUGGUCCUGGAGUACACCCUGUCAUGCACAUUUUUCUUUUCCUGUUGAUUCAAUACGCCUGAUUCAACUAAUUACCAGCCCUUCCCGAGUUUUAAAGUGGCUGUGCUAUGGGUAGGACGGGUGGUAUAACAGAUGAGUUCCAGGAUUGUGCAAAAGUCUUAGGCAACAUGUAAAGAAAUGCUGUAGACUAAAAAUGGCUUAAGAAUAAUGAAAUUAAAUGUUUCAACUUUAUAGUACUUUUUUUAAACAGCAUAAACCAUAAAUGAAACAAAGUCAAUAUUUGGUAUGAGAUGACCAUUUGCUUGGGAAAAAAAAUUGUAGUCUCAGGUACAAUGAGCACAGUUUUAUAAGGAAAUGAGCUGUAGGUUUUACUGAGUAUCUUACAGAACCAGCUACAGUUCUUCUGGACACUUUGACGGUCAUGCUUGCUUCUUAAUUUUGCGCCAAAACCCAGGAGCCUUCAUUAUGCUUUCUUUUUUUUUUUAAUCUGAAAAGUGGUCUUUUAUGGAAUAUGCUGCUCAGAUACAAAUUUUUUUUUUCUGUAACAUUUAAUUUUGUGCUGGAAAACGAAUGUUUGGACUCUAAAAUGUUUUUAUACUGACUUGAUAAUGUAGAAGUCAUAAAAUAGCGAAACUUGUAUGGAAAAAAAUAUAUACACUACCGUUCAAAAGUUUGGGGUCACCCACGCAAUUUUGUGUUUUCCAUGAAAAGUCACACUUUUAUUUACCACCAUAAGUUGUAAAAUGAAUAGAAAAUAUAGUCAAGACCUUUUUCUGGCCAUUUUGAGCAUUUAAUCGACCCCACAAAUGUGAUGCUCCAGACCAGAAACUCAAUCUGCUCAAAGGAAGGUCAGUUUUAUAGCUUCUCUAAAGAGCUCAACUGUUUUCAGCUGUGCUAACAUGAUUGUACAAGGGUUUUCUAAUCAUCCAUUAGCCUUCUGAGGCAAUGAGCAAACACAUUGUACCAUUAGAACACUGGAGUGAGAGUUGCUGGAAAUGGGCCUCUAUACACCUAUGUAGAUAUUGCACCAAAAACCAGACAUUUGCAGCUAGAAUAGUCAUUUACCACAUUAGCAAUGUAUAGAGUGCAUUUCUGAUUAGUUUAAAGUGAUCUUCAUUGAAAAGAACAGUGCUUUUCUUUCAAAAAUAAGGACAUUUCAAAGUGACCCCAAACUUUUGAACGGUAGUGUAUAUACAGUUGUGCUCAUGAGUUUACAUACCCUGGCAGAAUCUAUGAUUGUUUGACCAUUUUUCAGAGAAUAUGAAUGAUGACACCAAAACAUCUUUUCCACUCAUGCUUAGUGGAUGGGUGAAACCAUUUAUUGUCAAACGACUGUGUUUUCUCUUUUUAAAUCAUGAUGACAACAGAAACUACCCAAAUGACCCUGAUCAAAAGUUCACAUACCCUGGUGAUUUUGGCCUGAUAACAUGCACAGAAGUUGACACAAAUGGGUUUGAAUGGCUACUAAAGGUAGCAUCCUCACCUGUGAUCUGUUUGCUUGUAAUCAGUGUGUGUGUGUGCAUAAAAGCUGAGUGAGUUUCUGGGAUCCAGACAGACUCUUGCAUCUUUCAUCCAGCCACUGACGUUUCUGGAUUCUGAGUCAUGGGGGAAACAAAAGAAUUGUCUACGGAUCUACGGGAAAAGGUAGUUGAGCUGUAUAAAACAGGAAAGGGAUACAAAAAGAUAUCCACGGAAUUGAUAAUGCCAGUCAGCAGUGUUCAAACUGUGAUUAACAAAUGGAAAAUCAGGGGCUCUGUUAAAACCAAACCACGGUCAGGUAGACCAACACAAAUUUACACCAAACAGCACAGAGACAGGCCUCAGAACUUCUGGAACAAGGUAAUUUGGAGUGAUGAGACCAAAAUUGAACUUUUUGGCCACAACCAUAAACGUUACAUUUGGAGAGGUGUCAACAAGGCCUAUGAUGAAAGGAACACCAUUCCUACUGUAAAGCACGGAGGUGGAUCGCUGAUGCUUUGGGGAUGUGUGAGCUACAAAGGCACAGGAAACUUGGUCAAAGUUGAAGGAAAGAUGAAUGCAGCACGUUAUCAGCAAAUACUGGAGGCAAAUUUGCACUCAUCAGCCCGGAAGCUGCGCAUGGGACGUACUUGGACGUUCCAACAUGACAACGAUCCAAAACACAAGGCCAAGUCGACCUGUCAUUGGCUACAGCAGAACAAAGUGAAGGUUCUGGAGUGGCCAUCUCAGUCUCCUGACCUCAAUAUCAUUGAGCCACUCUGGGGAGAUCUCAAGCGCGCAGUUCAUGCAAGACAGCCCAGGAAUUUACAGGAAUUGGAGGCUUUUUGCCAAGAAGAAUGGGCAGCUUUACCAUCUGAGAAAAUAAAGAGCCUCAUCCACAACGACCACAAAAGACUUCAGGCUGUUAUUGAUGUUAGAGGGGGCAAUACACGGUAUUAAGAACUGGGGCAUGUAAACUUUUGAUCAGGGUCAUUUGGAUGUUUUUUGUUGUCAUUAUGAUUUAUAAAUAGAAAACAGUUGUUUAUCAAUAAAUGGCUUCACCCAACCACUAACCAUGAGUGGGGAAAAAAGUUUGUGUUAUCAUUCAUAUUCUCUGAAAAAAGGCCAAGAAAGCAAAAAUUCUGUCAGGGUAUGUAAACUUAUGAGCACAACUGUAUAGGGUGCCUAAGACUUUUGCACAGUACUGUAUGUGUCAGCCAGGAUGCAGAGCUGAGGAAACCCUUGUUCUGUUUGCCCAUAUUGCCCUUGAGAGCUUAUAGAGCCGUGUCCUGUCAUUGUUGCCCCUUUUGGCAUACACCACAACACCUACGCUCACCCAUCUCGAAGUUUAAUUGCGCCUUUUCCUUGUUUGUUGAGCCAUGUAGCUGGCAUGCUUCAUUUCCAUCAAGUUGUCCAUUCCUUACGGUUAGUGAGAGCUGGAAGCAAGAGCAGACCUGUUAAAGGAUCUUGGGUUCCUUAAAAGAUCACACCAUAUUAAUAGUGCUAAUAUAAUCAAGAUUACAGGAUACGACACUAUUCAAGAUGCACUGGGCACUGAAAACUUAAGCUGCACAGGAUUCUUUUAACAUAACUUUCUGAUGGCAGCCCUCGAAUAUUGAUGGAAAACUGCAUUUGCGUCUUUUCAGAUCCUAAACACGCAUUUUAAAUAGGAGUGGACGAGUUUACUUUCAAGGCUCAAUGAACAUAAGGGAUGUAUCAAGGUCAGCAGAUAAAUUUCAAGUAAUACUGUAAUUGAAUUAAAUGAUUAUCAGGUGCAGGUAAAAUGUGCAUCAGUUUGCUGUCCAACAGAUCAACAGCAAUAAGACAUAGGAGUUGGGCUUUAAUUUGAUGUGACGCACCAGCCCAAUAAUAAUAAUAAUAAUAAUAAUAAUGACACACUGUUCCUCAUAUUGUAACCUUUUUUCACAGUGUUUUAAAUUAUAAACAAUAUAUGUUGAAUUUUUUUUGUGCUUAUCCAAGUUCUCUACUUCCUUCAAAUUAUGAAUAUUAGAAUCAAGGGAACUAUUUUAAGAUUAAUAAAGCUAUUUAAAGAGUCA